GGAACGACGACAUCGACGGACGACACGACAACUGCGACGCUUUGAGUCAGGGGACGAUGACGGGGGGUGCAGGGACCAGCGGUACGGGGGGGUCUGCGGUUGCGGGGUUCAUCGCGCAGUCUGAGAGGGAGAUGGCGAAGUUGAGGCGGGGGAACUUGGUGUGGAACUUCGUCACCGCAGGACAGCAUGUGGGGAACCAGGCGAAGAUGCAUGGGGACCGAAAGUUGCGUUGCAACUUUUGCGGCCACUUGUUUCAGGGGAAUGCGGGGAAGGCCGCGCGCCAUUUCACGCAGGCCAAGUACUGCAAGGCGGCGGGGAUGAGAGUUUUUGCGGAAAUAUGGAACGGCACGGACUACACAUUCAAGCCCGCGACUGCUCGGCGGGUGCAAAGGUGGAUGGCUGACGAGGGGGUACGGGACACGAGAGCGGCUGCGGGUGGGCAGCGACAACAGAUGGACGAGGGAGAGAGGGACGAGAUUCAGGACGCCCUCGAUGAGGAGGAGGGUCUUGAGGGUGGGGUUGGGGAGGGGGGGACGGCUGACGAGGCAGUCGGAGACCCUGACCUGCCAGGGGAGGAGGUGGUGAUGACGUCGAGAGGCGUAGGUCGAGCGGGUCCUGCUCCUAGGGCACCACGACCUGAGUUGGGCCGCUUGAGGGCGGAUUAUGACGGCGGGAGGGGCGUCUUCGCGGGACGUUUGCCAGCUCAGACGCAGGCUGCGGAGGGUGGGUCCGGACGUCCGAGCCUUCACAUGGCAGGCCGCAUGCUCGGUUUGUCACGAGCGGCGACGAGGAGAUCAUUGGUCCUCCAGGCCGCAGGGACAUCGACCGACAUGCAGCAGGGACAACUGCACACAUCGGGCGAGGAGGGGUUGUUGAUGCAUCCCGGGACGAGACGACACCGCGACAUCACAGAGGUGGAGGCUGGACUCGCAGCAGAGGUUGCCGCCGGCCAGGCAGCGUUGGACGCGAUUCAGAGGCAGCGAGAUACGGUUGCUGCACAGGCGGCAGAGGACGAGGACGCAGACAAAGAGUCCGAGCCGCUCGAGAGUGUGGUCCGCAGAUGCAGAGCGGCUGUGGCCGCGGCAGCCGCUGCAGCACAGGCGGCAUACAGCAGCGGUGCGGAGGGCAUAGGUGCCGGAGGGAGAGGAGGGCGCCCGGGAGGACAGCAUGGCCGAUCAUGGAUACAGAAUCUCCAGAAGCUCAACUCAGUAAUGAGCCUUGAUGUUGCACACAGCUCUCCUGGUCUGCAUGAGGCAGCUGGCCCAGCUCUUGCAGAGGAAUGCGCCACAUUGGGUGGGUGUCGAACAGGAGAAGCGAAAAUAACAGGUGGCUAUGAUCUCCCUGCCAGACGAUUAGGAACGACGACCCUCUCCCACGCAUCGACGACCUUCUCGAGCGAUUGGGCGGCGCCCAAUUUCUUCUCUAAGCUGGAUCUCAAGUCAGGGUACCACCAACUCGAGAUUCGCAAGGAGGAUCGUUACAAGACCGCGUUCAAGACACGGUAUGGGCAUUUCGAAUGGCUGGUCAUGCCAUUUGGCCUUACGAAUGCCCCAGCCACUUUCCAAGCGGCUAUGACGACGGAGUUCCGACACAUGCUGGAUCGUUUCGUACUUAUCUACCUCGAUGACAUUCUGGUUUACAGUCGGAGUCUGGACGAGCAUGUGGAACACCUGCGCACCGUUUUGGAGCGGCUACGACAGGCCAAGUACAAAGCAAACCGCGACAAGUGCGAGUUCGCACAUCAGGAGCUGGAGUACUUGGGACACUAUACCCGUAGUGGGAAAGAUACUAGCCCCUACACCCCUGAGCAACAAGAGAAAAUGGCCGCCUUAGUGAGAGAAAACAAGGAGAGGAAGGAGCUCGAGAAGCAGGUGAAGCUAAAGGCUAUCGCAGAGGAGCAGGCGGUGAAGAUGAAGAGAUUGGAGGAGGAGAUGAAGAGGGUCCAACAGGAGGAGGAAGAAAGAAGGAAGGUUGCGGAAGCAGAAGUAGCAGUAGAAGAAGAAAAAAAGAGAAUGCGCAUUGAGAGUGGAGAAGGGAGUACUGGCACGGUGAAGAGAGAUACGGACGCAGAGAUGGAGAAAAGGAUAAGUGAGUGGGUCGCUAAUUUAUCGUUGGGAGAAGACGAGGAGGCGGAGUCUUAUGUGACUCAGGAUGAGAGGGAUGCGCUAGCCAGUGAGCUAGCAGCAAUGAAGGACCCUAUGGAACGGCGAGAAAGGAGGAGGAAUAGAAAACUAGUCAAAAUGGCAACGGAGGAUGAGACGGAUAACCGUAGGAGCGAAGGAGGACCAAGCUUAGGAGGCAGUGCCGUGCAGAGCGAAGAGGGUCAGAAAGACAGAGAAUCGAUAAAUCCGGAUGGUACGGAAGGGAACCGGAAGGAAAUCUCCUCAGGGGAAAGCGCGGGGAAAGCCGAGGGAAGCAGGCAGGGGACUCAGGAGACGGGCAAAAAUAAGGAUAGGACAAGCCCCCGGAAUUUAGAGGGAGCCGUGUCUAAGAAAGUGAGGGUCACGGAUGCGAGGCGCAAACUCGCAGAGAUAGAAAAAAGGACCGCAGAGUACAAGGCAAGAUUGAUCGAGGAAAUGAUGACUGGAAACGAAGAAGGCCCUCUGCAAAAGGAACCGCGGGACGAACGGAAAACCGGCCGAGGCGGAAUUGGGCAAGGGGAAAAGGUGACCUGGAGGGAAGGGUUUGCGUUCGUCAACCCGGACCGGGAUGACGUGACGGCGACCGUCCGGGUGGUCGAGGUAGGAGCUAGUAUCUUGCCUUAUGAAAAUGUGCGCAUGGUCUUGCCACCCUUUUUGCUUGAGCGAAUGGGAGGGGUAGAACGUGCUGAGAUGGCAGUGAUAGCCCUGGUGUUUCAAAGGGCAGUCAGGGUCCUGAACCGGAUAGGCCAUGAGGUUAGGGGAAGACGGAAUGUGGGAUUAAGGACGCGAGUAGAAGUAGGGGGAUGGCGAGACUUUAGGGCCCCUAUGUCUAGACUGCGCUGCCGGGUGCCCUGGUUCAUGGUGGAUUUGGUUUUUGGGAGCCUCACUCGGGCAAGGGAUUUGGUGAAUUCAACCGUAAUUUGGGAACACCACUUCUCACCACAGGCCACGAGUAUGUUCUACGACGUGGCAGUAAGGCAUGGGCCGUUUUGGGGGAAUCGGGCGCGAGAAUUAUUGGAACUCCUUGAGAUUCUGAUAUUCGGAACGCCCCGUCUGGCGGUUAAGGAAUACGAGCCAAUAAUCACGAGGGAGAUCGAGACGGGGGAGAACUAUCUCGCUGGGGUAGCAAGACUAUUUGAGGAGUCGGACGAGAGGGAGAGGCCGGAGAAGCCAGCGUAGGAAAAUGUCGGGAAAGACGGUAGAAACAAAAACUAAAAGAAAAG